AUGUCGUACCUUGGUCUCUCGUCGCAGUCCCCUCUCGCAAUCAACACGGCCGCUGGAUUUGGCGUAUUCCAGCUCACGCUUGGACUCACCGGCAUCCUUCGCCCUUACGUGAUGCUCAACGUCUGGGAAGUCGAUACAUCUGUCAUCGCUGCCAAAGAGAAGAACCUCAUCGAAGCUCUCAUACAACUCUAUGGCUUGAGAAACGUCGCUCUUGGGCUCAUGAUCGUAGCUGUGAGAAGUUUCGCCGACAGUAGAACUUUGGGCUCGGUUGUAAUGUGCGAUCUGAUUGUCGCGUUCGGCGACGGCUUCUUGCAGAAAAGACUCACCGGAGGCGGAGAAUGGAAACACUGGAGCUUCCUUCCUGCAGGUGCAGGGCUUGGUAUGCUCUUGUUGGGCUAUUUUGACUGA